AUGUCAUCAGAUAAGUUUGAUUCCUUUCAUCUUCGUUUUACUAGAAAGAACUACUCUGCUUGGGAGUUUCAAUUUCAAUUAUUUGUCAAAGGAAAAGAAUCGUGGGGUCCUGUUGAUGGGACUGAUCCUGCCCUUACAGAUGUAGCGGCUUUGUCUAAGUGGGAAAUCAAGGAUGCUCAGGUUAUGACCUGGAUCCUUAACUCGGUUGAGCCUCACCUUGUUCUUAAUCUGAGGCCUUAUAAAACUGUCGCAGACAUGUGGAAGUACCUAAACAAGGUCUACAAUCAAGACAAUGCGACUAGGAGGUUUCAAUUGGAGUAUGAGUUGGUUAAUUUCACACAGGGAAGUCUCUCCAUUGAGGAAUAUUUUUCUAGUUUUCAAAAUCUUUGGACUGACUAUUCUGACAUUGUUUAUGCUAAUGUUCCCACUACAGUUCUCUCUACUAUUUGA